CUUACGCUUCGGAACCUGAUGUACUUCCUUGCUGUACCGACCUUGACGUACCAGGUUAACUUCCCUCGCGGUCGCGCCAUUCGCGGCCGGUGGUUGCUCCGCCGGCUGUUCGAGCUGGUCAUCACCCUCACCGCCCUGGCCAUCAUCAUCGGACAGUACAUUGAGCCGGCGGUCACCAACUCCAUGGCGCCGCUGAGAAAGACCUUCCUCUGGCUGGUCUCUGUUGCUUCUUGCGCCCGGGUGUGCUUAGUGCUUGCGCCACCUUGCGCCACACGACGCCUUUCUUAUCCAUAUCCCCACCACAACCACCGCAACCGCCACAGCCACCACAACCACCGUAACCACCACAACCACUACCAGGAUUGGUGGAAUGCCGCUACGGUAGGCGAGUACUGGAAGCUGUGGAACAUGCCCGUUCACAAGUGGUUGCUGCGGCACGUGUACUUCCCCGCCAUCCGCGCCGGGACCUCCCGCUUCAACGCCAUCCUGCUGACCUUCUUCGUGUCGGCUGUGUUCCAUGAGCUCAUCCUGGGGGUGCCGCUGCACUUGGUGCGGCUGUGGGCCUUUGGCGGCAUCAUGUUCCAAGUGCCCCUCAUCCUGGCCACCGAGACCUUGAGAAAGCAACUGAGGCGGGAUGAACUGGGUGAGAGCGCGCGCAACUACAUCUUCUGGAUUGCGUUCUGCGUCGUCGGUCAGCCCGUGUCCGUACUGCUGUACUACCAUGAUUACGUGGUGGGCAUAAGGCCCGCGUUGCUGGCUCUGCGAGCUGCCGCAGCCGGCGGCGGCGGCGCAGCCGCGGUGGCUGCAUCAGCCGCUUCCGCGGGCUUCGACCCGCUUUUGCCGAACGUGUCGGGGGCCUUAGCAGCCGCUGGCAAUGCGACCCUGGGAAUAGCGGCUUCCGGGACGGGCAGUAUAUUGUAG